AUGGCUCCCCAAGAAUAUACCGUGUCUGUCAAUACUCCAAUGCCAAAGGGUUAUGCAUUCCUUAAAAAGGGCAUCAAGUACAAGACACUCCACUGUCGUCGCUUAACCCACGAAGCAGGAAAGCCUGUUUAUGUCGUCGAAAAUAACAAGAAACUAAUCGGUAUCCGCAUCCCGAAAUCAAUUUACUUUCACGUACAAUCUCUCGCCAAUGAAACCCUCCCGGCCCGCCGUCUUGCAACUGAACAGCGGGAUGCUGCCCUUGUCCGCACUGCUGCCGCAGAGCUAGACAGCCAAUUCCCCAAUAUACCGAAAGAGGAUAGGAAGAAGAUUUUGAACCACGGGUUCAGGAAGAACUCUGGACGCGUUGGCCGGACGAAUCAGAUGCCCAUGUCUCGGAAAGUGCUGUAUGCUGUUGUCGCUCAUAUUAGGCACAAACACACAAAUUACGACCAAAUGCUCAACGAUGGUACGACUAGAGAAGAUGCCAGAAAGAAGAUUCAUAAGAAACUGCAGAGCAUCUUGCGAGAAUGGGGCGCGACCCAACGUAAGCCCUAG